UUUUCCCGUCCCCAGGGCCUGGUGAUGGUGGUGACGGGCGGCUCGGGGUUCCUGGGCUCGCACCUGGUGCAGGUGCUGCUGGAGGCGGAGCCGGAGCUGCGGGAGCUGCGGAUCCUGGACCUGAACCCCGACCCCGCGGCCGUGCCCGAGCGCCACCGCUCCCGUGUCCGCCUGUUCCGCGGUGACGUCGGUGACCUCGCGGCGCUCGGCGCCGUCCUGGGCGGGGCCGACGUCGUGUUCCACAGCGCCUCCCUGGUGGACGUGUGGGGGAACUGCAGCGCCGAGGCCAUGGCCAGGGUCAACGUGCUGGGCACCAAGAACGUGAUCCGGGGCUGCCGGGCCGGGGGGGUCCCGGUGCUGAUUUACACCAGCAGCAUGGAGGUGGUGGGGCCCAACACCCGCGGGGACCCCUUCGUCAGGGGGGACGAGCAGACUCCGUACCCCACGCGGCACUCGGAGCCGUACCCGCUGAGCAAGGCCCAGGCCGAGCGCCUGGUGCUGGAGGCCAACGGCAGCACGAUCUCAGGGGGGGGUCGUUUGGUCACCGUGUCCCUGCGCCCCACGGGGAUUUUCGGGGAGCGCCACCCCCUGCUGGAGCUGUUCUACCGCCGGGGCCGCGGCCUGGGCGGGGUCGUGCCCCGAACGCUGCCCCAGAACGCCGAGCACGGCCGCGUGUACGCAGGCAACGUGGCCUGGAUGCACGUCCUGGCCGCCCGCGCCGCCCGCUCCCGCCCCGACUCGGUGGGCGGCGAAUUUUUCUUCUGCACCGACUGCUCCCCGUGCGUCCCCUACGAGGAUUUCAACAUUCUGCUCCUGGGCCCGGCCGGGCUCCACUUCGGGGGCCCCCGGCUCCCCAAAUCCCUGCUGGGGCUCCUGGCCCGGCUCAACGGGGCCCUCAGGGAGGUUUUGGGGUUUUUGGGGGCCAGGUUUGCGCCGCUGCUGAACCCCUACACCUGGGCCGUGGCCAGCACCCCCUUCACCGUCAGGAGCCACAAGGCCCGGAGCCGUUUGGGCUACCGGCCGCUCUUCUCCUGGGAGGAGGCGCGGGACAGGACGGUGGCGUGGGUCAGGCAGCUGGGGGGGGCCUGAGCGGGGGGAAAAUAGGAAAAAACGGGGUUAAAAUAUCAAAAAAUGGGAAAAAACGGGGUGGAAA